UCCCAAACAACUUGGGGGUCCCUCUUCCUGCGGGCAGUUCGGAGACGAGUUUGAGCACAAGUAAGGUGAAAGACAUGCCGAAAUAACGACAGUAAAUUAGAUGGAAUUAAUGUACCUCCAGCAGGAAGAACCUAAAUCGACAAGUCAAGACACAGCUUUCCAGAUUGUGGAAUUGACCCAACUAAAACCUGAAGAACUGUCCCAUUCAGUAACCCCUUCCUCUGUUUUUCAACUUUUCAGCUUUGCAUUGCAAUCGGAGCGUCUACUUUUAGGUCCCAAAAAGCCCUCGAUUUGGAGGGCUUCCAGGGAGCUUUCUCCUGACUGGCCAGCAGACUGCUUUGUCGUAGCUGGCUCAGCUGAAAGCAGAUAAACGGCAAUGCUGCAACUUUAGGCAGCCAACACCUCUUCAAAUGGACUCUUCCUUUUUUGACUUCUGAGUAUUAUUACCACCAUGUCCAAUCCCUUUUAUAAUCCCUAUGCCCCUGGGAACAAAAGUUCCACCCAGGGGCAGUAUGGACACUCCAAUACACAGACUGAACGAGAUCCUAGGAGGGCACCGUCUUUUCAUGGACCAAGUCCUACCUUCAGCUCUUCUGGAACUUUCCCAAUGAUCCCUGAACACUCCCUGAAUUACAGACCUGAACCAAGUAGGGCCAUCAGGGACGAGGAUGCACAGAGCUCCAUGGAUAUGCAUAUUGGCAGAGCCAGAGAGGAACUAAGGCCCCCCAGCAAUCCCGUGCAUCAACCCAUGGACCAGGGAUCUCGGUUUACCAGCACACAAAUGGAAGACUUUCGCUCUCCAGGCACAGGAAGGGCACCCUACCCGAUGGCCUCUACCCCUGCCUCUCUUGGACAUAGACGUGAAAUGGACUUAGAAAGCAGCAGUGGCACCAUGAACUGGUCUAAGAACUAUGCAAGACCCUCAGAUGCUGGCUCUUCACUGAAAUCAGCAUCUGGAUUUUCAAAAUAUGCGAGCAGUGAUGAUGGAAGGUUAAAUGAUCCUGAGGACAGAGAAAGGGAUUUGCAGCAUAUUCCAGGGCUAGGUGAUUAUGACUUCCCAGCCUCAAGCAAACCUGGAUCAUCUAUAGAAUCCAGUCAACCCAUGUACACUUCUGAAUCAGCUGCAACCAUCCUUCUGCGAUUUGGCCUUGAGAAAGAAGAUUUGGAACAUCUCAUUGCUUACCCCGAAGACCAGAUUACACCUGCCAACCUCCCGUUCAUUUUGCGCCAAAUACGCCUUGAGAAGGACAAGAAAGCAGCAACAGCAGCUCAGUCAUCACCAUAUCUUGAACCCCAACCCAACAGAACAGUGACUGGACCGAGUAAUUACAGUUUGAACAGUCCUGGUGGGGCACUGAUGCAGCCAGAGGAAACUGUAUCAGCUGUUCUGCAGCCAAGUAAAGUGAUUGACUAUGGACAUACUGGGAAGUAUAUGACAGAGGUUGGGGAUGAGUUUGGACUGAAGAGUGACAGGGACGGUAGCAGUGGGAGUGGAAGUGUUUUUAUGAGUCGAGAACCACUGCAAAAAAGUACGACAGAGUGUAAAAGUAGCACCUUGGGUUCAUCAAGUGAGCAAGCGAGUCCUUUCCCCGGUCUCAGCUCUUCCUACGGUUCACUAAGACCUGCACCUUUUUCAAGCAAGGAUCAACCACCCAUGCAACCAAAACAGACUUUUCAAGAUAUUCUCAGCUCUUUCUCCUUGCUAAAGAAAGACACUGACAUAAGCAUUCGUAAGCCUGAGGCCUCCAAUCCUGUUCCUUUGAGUCAACCAGAAGUGGAUCGCCAUCUGACAUUGAAAACCCAACAACCACCUGCACAGUCCCAUGGUCUGCACCCCAGCCGACCUGGCCUUGUGCUCAUUGGCAAUACUGAAGCUGGUGGCACAAAGAAUCCAAGUAAAACUCCAGGUCAGUCACCGCAACAUCCAGUGCAGCAGGCGCAGAAGCAGCCACCUAAGCAGGCCCAGAAGCCGUCAACGAAGCCAGCGCAGAAGCAGCCGGCAAAGAAGCAGCCUCAGCAGCAGUCAAAGAAACAGACGCAGCAGCCACAGAAGCACCCGGCAUCGCAGAAAGGGCAAGCAAAGAGGUCCCCAGUUUAUGGGAGAUCAGCUUCCCCUGCUGAUGCCGACCAACGCCAGAAAGCAGCAACUUCUAAAAGGCCAGCGAAAGACAAAGCAGCAGUCUCCAAGGAUCAGCCAACACCUGAGAUGAUGCGUGACUAUGCUGCAGCCCCACCCAAAAAAUUUCCUCAUAUCUGUGUUCUGUGUAACACAGAAUGUACUGACAUGAAGGACUGGAUCACCCACCAGAACAGCAGCUUUCACCUUGAGAGCUGCAGACUCCUCAGAAAACAAUAUCCUAAGUGGGAUGGUGAGAUUGUGCUCGGGCCGAGAGUUGCAGGUAAAACUGCCACAGCGUCUACUUCUUCAAAGAAAGGCAGUCAUGGAAGCCACUCCCAUUCAAAGUCAAUUAGCCCUCAUCGCCAACCUGGCCCAGAGGGAAGAAGGGAUAAACGCCGAAGCAGAUCUCGGUCUCCACAGAGCCCCAGAUACAACCGCAGGUAUGACCUCCCAAGCACCUCUAGCUAUCGGUCACGUUCACAGAGUCCUGGAAGAAGGAAGGAUGACAGGCAAUCAUCUCCAAGGAGAACUCGAGAGAGACGAUCACCCCUAAGGAGAAGCAAUGAGUCACCGUCGCCACCAAGGAGGGUUGACAACAGAUGGUCACCGCCAAGAAGGAUCAGCGAUGCAUGGUUGCCACCGAGAAAGGGUGAUGGGAUACGGUCACCGCCAAGGAGGAGUGCUGACAGCGGAUCACCGCCAAGGAGGGCUGACGAUAGAUGGACUCCACCAAAGAGGUUUGACAAGGGGAGAUCGCCACCUCGGAGACUUGGUGAGAAAUGGUCACCACCGAGGAGAAGCGAAGGCAGCAGAUCGCCAUCAGGGAGAAACCAGGAGAGACGCACGUCCAGAGAGGGGUCAUCGCCUCCGAGGAAAAAACCAAACAAUGCAGAAAACCUGGCCAAGAAACUACUAGAAACAUCAGGUGUUCAGUCCCUGUCCAAUAAGUCGGACCUUGAGGCCGUGGUUAAAUCUCUGGCACCUGUUUUGUUUGCUGAGCUAGCCAAAAUGAAAUCCUCCUCCCCCUCCUCCCUUGCAAAAGGUGGAAAAAGCUCGACGCCUUCUUCCUCCGCGAAGCUAAAUAAGUCGUCCUUGUCCUCUAAACCAUCAUCCUCUUCAUCUAUGGCAAAGGCAAAGGUUUCGACAGCAGCUUCCCUGAAGGCUAAAACAAACUUGCAGAAGAACGAGGUGAAACUAGACGGCAUUCAUAAAAAUCUUUCUCAUGAUGAUGUGGUCGCUGCUCUGGAGCGGUACGGGAAAACCAAGUCGGUUCUGCUCUAUCGGUCCACAGAGGAGGCAGUGGUAAAUUUUGAGAAAGAAGAAGCUGCUAAUAAACUGAGGGCCUUAAAGUACGUUGAUGUGAAAGGAACUGCUGUUGCUGUUGUCAGAGCAAGGGUUGCGUUGACCAAGAAGCAAGUCAGGGCCUCUUCAUUAAAAUCUGCCGCAACCAAAGUUCAGACAAAGACCACUACUGGCAGAAAAACUCUUUUACCAACACCCAAGAUCCCUCCACUUAUGGGGCCUCUGUUCUCUGGAGCCCGCAGAGGAGCACCAGGCAAAGUUGUCAAUCAGAAGACAGCAGCUAAAGGCUCAGCUAAUGUGGCAAGGGCUGUAAGCAAGGCAAAGGUCUUGGUAUCAAAGGCAAAAAAUGUCUUGAGUCCAUCGAGUGCUAAAACAGCAGCAACAGUCAAGUUGCCUGCAAAGGGACAAGAGAAGGCUGCAGCGGCAAAGCAGGAAAAGUCUUUCACACCCCAACAAAAGAAGCCAGACACUGGGGACACCAAAGGACAACCUAUCUCAGUACUAACUGGUGUUAAAAGACCUGCGGUCAUGUUGAAAGACACUCUAGAACGGGAUAGGUCGGUGAAAGAAUUACCAAAAGCCUCAUCAAGUUCUUCCCAAAUACAAGCGGUCUCAGCUGUGCAGAAAACUCCACUAGACAAAGUCUCUGGAACAAAAACAAAUACCAGUGCAAGUGUAACUCCAAAAUCACAAAAUCCGCCCCAUGGAGAAAGUUCCAAGCCCACCCAUCCUGAAUCCAAGGAGUCCGUGGAGGGGUCAAAAGACACAGCCGAGUCAGGUAAAGCUUCACCUCCAACCAUGGUGAAGCUACAUGGGAUUCAAAAAUCUGUCUCCCACAGUGACGUGCUCUCAGCUGUGGCCAAAUUCGGAAAAACCAAGUCAAUUGUACUAUUCCGUGCAAGAUCAGAGGCUGUCGUGAUUUUUGAGAAAGAAGAAGACGCUAAAAAAUUGAAGAGCGUCAAGAGCCUUACUGUGAAUGGAAUGGAAAUCACCAUAGUUGGAGAGUCAUCUAUUUCCCCAACCACAGAGACCGCAAAGGAAUUAGUAGUAGGACAAAAGGAGACUUUGGCAAGAGAAGCCAAAGCAACAGCUAAAAAUGAUGCCAAAGGGAAUCAGUCUGGUUUAGAAAACUCCAAGCAUGAAGAAUCUAAGGCUCAGGGAUCUCUCAAGGUGUCAGAGGACACAGCCAAGGCUGCCGACGGAGCAAAUCUACCAGGCAAAACAAAAGUUGGCAAAGCUGAUAAAGCUGAUGAUGAACCAGUGGAGCUUGGAGUGACAGAAGUUAAAGAUGCAGAGUUGGUUGAUGCGGCUAAAGGGAAAGAAAUGACCAGCAAAGAAGCUGCACCAGGACAAUCCCCAGAGAAACCCAGUGAAAGUCAACCACCUACCAGUUCAGUCCAGCAGAGCACACUGAUACAAAGACCAGGGACAGGAUCUUCACAGGUGCAACAGCAAGCAGCAGGGAACAGUGGAGCUGCUUUGGAGGCAAAGAUUGCAAGGGGAGUGACGGAGUCGACACCUCAAGGUCUGGUACCUGCAGUGACCACACCAUUAGUCAAGGAUGCCUCUGUGAUGAAACCUGAAUCCUCAAAUGAAAAGCUCCCAACUGCAGAAGAUGGAACAAAGACCUGUGUUAUGGAGGACCCAACAAAAACUGAGGCUUCAGGAAAUCAGCCUGACACUGAACUCUUGUCUGUACCUGAGACACCUACAGACAGUGUUGAAAUAACUGGGGUAGGAGUUAAAGACAUCCCAGAUGGUGAGAAAUCGGCCAUCUCGAUGACCGAAGUUGAGAAGUCUGUAGGCAGUACAGUUGAUGAACUUGCAAAACAACCAGUGGUUAAAGAUGUGGUUUUGGCCUCCCAAGCAGAAAUGGUUCUACCUGAGCAGGAACCCAAAGCUCAAGAGGAAAAGCCUGGUGAGUCAGGGGCAGAGGCAGUCAGAAAUACUGAAACUCAGCCACCUGGAGAAAGUCUCAAGCCAGACCAACCUGAAACUAAGGUUGAAGGGUCCUUGGAGGCAUCAAAAGUUUUGGCUGAGGUUGCUGAAAAAGCAGAUGUCCCAUCUGUUGAAGACAAGGAUCAAGAAAAAGUUGUCAAAGCUGAUGAAGUUGAUGAACCAAUGGAGCUUGGGGAAACGGGGCCUAUGGAGCUCAUGGAAUCUGGAAUUUGCACAGAGGACAGAGGGACAGAUGGUGCUGAAGCUGUACCAGAAAAACAACCAGAGAGCAGGACAGAAGCUUCUCAAGUAAAAGAGCAGGCUGCAGGAAGCGCUGCUGAUGCUGCGGUACAGCAAGAUGUGCUAAGUGGAGGGACUGCAUCAAAAACACAAAAGGCAGUGACGGCAAAAGCAGAGGGGUCCUCCAAAACGGUCAGCAAAGUGAAAACUACACCAGCAUCUGCAGUCGGGAGUAAGCAGAAACCUGCAUCUAAAAAGCCUUCUGCUGCAGUCAUCCAGCCGACGAUUGGGGAGAUGCUGGAGAAGCACCUGUUUCCACAAAGCAUACAUUGCUUACAGUCUCCCCACAUCUCACCAUCAUCGUACAACCAACAAUUGCUGAUAUGUAACCUGCCGACAUAUCACGAUGGAUUAUACACAGAGGAUGAUGUUGCUAAUCUGCUUGCUCCUUUCGGAUUCAAAAAUAAACAAGAAAACCUCUACGUUAUUCCUCAGACAUGCAUGGCCUUUGCCACGAUGUCAUCGAUAGGAAAUGUGUAUGAUAUUCUGAAAGAGUCUCAACAUAACGGCAUUUUCCUCAAGGAGAACAGGCUUUCUAUCAAAAUAAUACGUCUCCGCUAUCAGAUGAAAGUGCUUCAGUUUUAUCGAUUCCUGAAGAGGCUGAUGAAGUGUUAUUUGCUGGAUGAGGGAGGGAGAACCUUCCUCAUCAGGAACAUUUCAUCCAGUAAGAUCAGGGAGCUCAGACAAGCUCUGGAAGACUUUGGUCCUGUCUCAAACUUCAUGCCCCUCCUCAACAAGCUCUUUUUAGAGUUUGAGUGUGUUGAAGAUGCGGCUCGGUUUGAAGGUUGGUACAGUCUGCUGGGUCAAGCCCCUGGUUGUAAAGUCAUCAAGCUGAACCACAUAGCUCCAUCAGCUGCACUGACAACACAAUCAGACACAUCAGCCAAAGACGCCAAUCUGACCUUUGGGGAGAGGUUAGAGCAUCACCUGACAAAACAAAUAAUUGCUUCCCUCAAGAGAAAAAACGCGACUACACCAAAGAUGCUCAUCACCUGGCUGCCGGCUUAUGAGGAAGGCUGCUACACGGAGGAUGACAUUGUCGAGCUCCUCACUCCUUUUGGGUAUCAACACAAAGACCACAACAUCUAUGUUGUUCCUCAGGCCUGCUUGGCUUUUGUCCAAAUGCCGUCAACAGGAAAAGUGAGCGACAUAUUAAGAGCCUCCAAAAAAGAUCCCAUUUUGUUAAAGGAGUCCAAACUCAGUUUCCAUCCGAUGGACGACGUUAUUUCAAUGAGUCCGUUCCGGUUUUAUAAAUCCCUGAUGGAGCUGGUCAAAUACCGCAUGAAGGGGGACAGAGAUGGGGUCAUUCUCAUCAGAGACAUCUCACCCAGUGAGACCAGGGACCUCAGAGAGGUUUUAGAGAGGCACGGCUCUGUCAAGAACUUCCUUCCUCUCCUCAACAAGGUAUUUAUUGAGUUCAAGACUUGUCGUGAUGCUGAUUGGCUGGGAGUUUGGUACAGUCUUCUGAAACAACCCCCUAGCUACAGAAUCCAGAGGCUGAAAAUACCAACCGGCUGCCAUAUACCCCCUGCACCACAAUUUCCCAACGACACUCUCCUGGACAGGGACGAUCUUGUUGAAGGGGCAACGUUGCCAGGAGUGAAAGUUUUUCUUCCACAGAUCAGCCCUUCACCAUUUUGGAUCAGCUUGAGAAAUAGUCCCUUUGUGUUCCCGACCAUUUCUCCUUGGUUCGUCAUCCCAAUGUUCAAGACUGUCAUAGGGACGUUUUCCAUUGAGAAGGCGACCCGUCAGGGUUCGCUGUGUCCAACGAUCAUGUUGACCGGUUUGCCAGAAGGAAACUACAAGCAUGAGGAUGUGGCGAGGAUGGUUUGGCCGUAUUUCACCAAACAGAACCUUCAAUCCCUGUACUACAAUGUGACAGUUUUACCGCUGCAGAGGAGGGCCUUUGUGUACUUUGCUGAUUGGGCCAUGUGCUGUGAGUUUGUCCAAGCCCAUAUUGCCAAGCGACUUGUAUUCAAGAGGAAAAAAAUUGGUGUCCACUUUGUCACGCAAAACAUGUAUCCAGAAUCCAGUGAGGAGAAGAUGUACAGAAACAUGAUGAUGUGGAGCAACGCUGGAGUUCCUGAUCCGAUGUCUCUUGAGGAUCGUCUGCUGUGUGUGGAGGUCUCUGAGGUCUCUCUGGACGUCAUCACAUUGGUCAUAGAAAUGGUGGCGUCCAUCACGACUUUUGUCAACUUCCUGCCUCUGGGGAACAGGAUAUGCAUUGAGAUGACUGACUCCAACGGUGUCACCCAAGUGGUGGAGAAAUACAAUGAUCCCUCCACCAAGUCUUUCAGAGAGGACCCAGUUUGGAGUAAAGUGAAAAACUUUGAAUCUGUGGAAAGCCUCAAAAAGCGGCUACAAGAUUCUGGUGAGACUAUAAUAAACCUUGAAUCCGACUUGAUCAGUGGUGACGAGAUGUCCCCGGAGAUGGACAAGGACUUGCUCAAAGCCAUCACGGUGACAGUGGGCCAGCAGAGACUGGUUCAGAAAGGCAGGUCUCAGGGUGUAGAAAGACAGGGUCAAGACGAUGAUUUUACAGAAGACAACAUCUCCUCUGAGGCCUUCCCUGAUGCCUACCUUUUUGACGAGGAACAGUUCAACGAGGACGAGUUUGUCACUGUUGAUGAAGUUUAUGACGACGCUGAAGACAAGAGCUCCGAGUCUCGUCGCCACUCCUCAUCCAGGCAUUCCUCAAGAAAAAGGCCAAGCUCUAGUGCGUCCUCUUCUCGGCAACAGUCCUCAACAAGGUCUUCAAAAGACCACACCAGCACAAGCUCAUCCUCCUCAUCUAGGUCAAGUAAAGGCUCCAGACCUUCUAACUCGAGCUCUGACUUGAAAAACUCAUCUAAACCCACCAAAUCCAGUUCCAAAUCCUCAUCCUCCUCCAGUGCCAGUAAGGCCACCUCCUCCUGUCCUCCAAAGUCAACUGCAACCCUGUCCUCUGUUGAUAAAAAGACACAACAUAGCAGCACAAAAUCUCUUGUGAAAUCAUCCAGUGCAAGUGAAAGAGAAAAACAUGCCUCCACUGCAUCUCAAAAGGCCUCCCUAGAUACAGAGAAGGGGAAAGUGGAAGCUGAUGACACAGAGAGUGCAGUGGUGACAUCUGACCACACGGUGUCAGCACUGGGCCCUGCUGCAGAAACUGUUGAGUCAGAGACAAAAAUAGAAACAACAAGAGAGAUGCAUCCACCUCAGCAGGAGCAUGGAUUAGAUUUGAACCAAACCCAGGAUAUGGAGCAUGAUUUGAAUGCAAAUAAAGAUAAGGUGGAAAGCCAAGAAGAGGAGGAAGAAGACGGCAAACAAAAGGGGUUGGAGGAGGUUCACAGCAAUAAUCGCCAAACUGCCAGUUCAUCUGACGGUCAAACAGAUAAACAGAUGCAAGAUGGUGGUCAAGAUGGAAGUUCCACGCUUCAGUUAACUGGAUCGGAGGGUGGCCAGGUCUUGGAUGGUGUCAAAGUUGAAGGCAAAGCUCAUCCUGAGGGGGAAAGAGAAAUGGACAUCGAAAGUCCCCUCCUACGAGAGGGUGCAACCAAAGAUGAAGAAGCAACAAGCCAAGAAGACAGUGGCCUGGUCAUAGAAGACUGUUUGACUUUAAAGCAGCCUUCCAAGGAAGACGUAGUUCCAGUAGCUGAUAAAUCUGAUGAUAAAAUACAAGAGAUCAAUAAAGAGAAUAAUCCUAUAGAGUUGGACACAGGAGGCAAAGAAACUCAAACGAGCAAGGGAGAAGAGAAAAACACAACACAAGACGAGAAGGAAGUCGAAGGCAAAGCCACCAAAGAAGCAGGAAACCUUCAGGGGGAGACCCCAAAUGAGGACCAGCCAAAUAAAGACGACACAAAAGAGUCUGACAGUGAGCAAGAUGCCUUCGAGAUAUUGGAUUCCAUUGAUGAUCAGGCAGAAGGUGAAAAGUUUGAAACUUCCAGUGUGGAGGCAUCCAAAGAUGACAAAAUACCUGUAGAUGAAGGGGAAUAUCAAGUAAUCGACUCUGUGGAAGUUCAGGCAACAACUACGGAGAACGAAAACAAGCAACGAAGGUCCAAGAGAGGGGAGGCCAUUGCCAAAAAAGACGAUAGACCUUCAAGAAGAGGUGGCCCUUCAAGCAAGGCAUCCAAAAGUGAAACAGAGGAAGAAUUCACCAGCAAACAAGCCAAGACAGUUAAGAAAAACCAGGCAAGGACAAAGAUUGACACAAAGGAGGAGAUAGUGUUUGAGAUAGUAGAUUCUGUCGAAGAAGAGCAAGUUGAAGAACCAGAUAGAGCCAGAGAAAGCACUGGUAGAAGAAGAAGCACAAGAGGAAAGAAAGAGGAAAAACCGGAGGAGGUAACAUACAAGGUUUUAGACUCUGUUGAGAAUGAAAUGGCCAGUGAUGAGCCAGCAAUCUCAACAAGAUCAACCAGAGGAAGAAGGGGCAGAACCACUGAGGAGGCUCUGAAAGAGGAAACACCAACAAGAAAGAGACAAACUCCUGCCAGAGAGUCAAAGAGCAGGGAAAAAACCCCGAAGAAAGAGGCGAAAGCACAACAGGAGAUCACGCCAUCAAAGGAGAGUAUCGAAGAGAGAAGCGAGGAAGCUGCUACCUAUGAAAUACUGGAUUCUGUGGAGGAAGAGGUUAUUAAUGAUGAUAAGCCUGCUACAAGAGGGAAAGGGAAGAGGGGAAGACCAAAGAAAGAGGUCAAAUCGACUAGGAAAGAUGACGCAACACCGAGAAAGGUUGACAAAGAAGCGUCUGAAAAAGAGGCCAGUGAAGAAGUGUCGACUUUCGAGAUUCUUGAUUCUGUAGAGGACGAGUCAAACAACGAUCGAGUCCCAUCAGACCAGUCUGGGAGUGCAAGAGACGAGAAUAUUCCUACAAACAAAGAUGAAGAGAAAGGAGUAACUGAAAACGAGGAGGAAGAACCGUUGUUCCAGAUUGUCGAUUCUCUGGAAGACGAUGCAGUUCAAGAAGAGACGACGGUGUCCAAGGAUGAAUCAAAGACAAAAGAUGAAUCUCCUAGAGAGGAAGCUGAAAAAGACGGAGACACAUGUAGUGAAGAACCUGAAAAACUGGUUGUGGGCAGUCUUCGUCAGACGGCUGAUGAUUUGAAGGAGAUAAAUGAGGAUUCAUCUAUUUUAGAGGGUUCUGGUCCACAGGAUAAGGAAAGGACACCCAAAUCAGACUCCCUGAUAAAAUCUCAGAGUGAUACUGUCGUACUCGAUAAAGAGACUGAAGAGAAAUCACCUGAAAAAGAACAGACAACAAGCGUUCUGGUGAACUUAGAUGAAGUUAGCGACGAGGAAGAGGAUUACCCUGAUGACACAGCAGAGGAGGAAGAACUGAGGAAGCGACAAGCUGCUAAAGAGAAGCAGCUCGCCAUUAAACAGGAAGUAAGGAGCACAAGAGAAAGGGAGCGAAGGAGCCGGAGCAACAGCAGUAAAGGAGGAGAGGAUGAUGGAGGGAGUAGAAGGGGGAAGAAAAGGGGAAGGGAAGAGGAGAAGGGGGAGGUUGAUUCCCAAGAGCUGGUGACUCUGGAUGAGGUGGGGGCAGAUGAGGCCAAGGAUGAAAAGGUGCCUGAGGGACAAGAGUUGGAAGAGGAGGCAGCUGAAGGAGAGGCGCAAACGCUCGUCACUUUGGAUGAGUUUGUAGAAGAUGAGGCAGAGGGACAGGAUGAAGAAAGCAAGCUGGAGGACCAACGUCUAAACCAGGAAGACAAAUCAGCUGAAGACCUGAACCAGGAGACUCUGGUGACUCUAGAUGAAGCUUGCUAUGAUGAAGAGGAGCCGCAGAGAGAAGCGCAAGGAAAGACAGCAUUAAAAUCUGCAAAACGCAAACAUGAUGAUGACGACACAGAGGAAAGUAUGAACUUUGUGAUCGUCGAUGAGGUGAAAGAUGAGGAGAAAGGGGAAACGUCAACAUCUCGUACUAAAGGCAGGCCUAAAAAGAAAGGCAGACAGACUCCUGUAAGAAAAUCUACCAGAGGGAAUAAUGUAAGCACACAAGAGGAGAACGAAGAAGAAAAUGCACAAACUGAUGAACUUCCUCCCUCCUCACUUGAAGCCUCCUCAUCGCUGAGCAAAAGUUUAACUAAACUGACAACUGAAGGUGAACUGGAAGCCCAAAGGACAGCAGAGGCUGAAGCAACGAGCCAGUCAAACAAGGUUGCGUCCUCUGCAGAGAUAGGAGAAGAAGAGAAGGAAGAAAGGAGCAGAGUAGAUAUGAAAGUUGUGAGUAAACAACGGAGGGAGCAUGAUGGACCUGAAGCAAAGCGAUCUCGAUCUCAGUCUCCUUCUGUUCCUUCAGACUUCAAACUGCCAGAAUUCAAACCCAACAAUCCUCUCGGUAAGGAGUUUGUUGUCCCUGGUUAUUUCUGCAGCCUGUGCUCUGUUUUCUAUAAAAAUGAAAACACGGCCAAGGAGCUCCACUGCAGCAGCCAAAAACACUUCAACAAGCUUCAGAAACAUUACCAGGAGCUUCAGCAGAAAUCAAGAAGUUCAACACCGAGUCAAGGCUCCUUUUCUGAGUGAUCAUAAAAUCCUCAACUGGUAUCCAAACCUUUUUAAUGAAAUGUGUAAAAGAUGAAGCUGUGUAAUGUCAUUUGCAUAAAAAAACACCAAACCAGUGGGAUUCCCUUCCGCAGUUUUUGUGCCUUGUUCUGCUCUGUAAUUGCACACUUUUGUUGCAUCGGUUUUGGAGAAAACAAACAAACUGGGUGUGUCAUGAAGAGUUGAGACCUUUUUAAAGGUGCUACAUGAUUCAUUUAAUUUAUCGAAACAAAUUAUAACUAUAUUUGAAAAGUAAUACUAUGCAGCUAUGGGAAGAGUCAAUAGAUGAAUGUGUUUCCAUUUUUUAUUCAAUGAACUGGAAAUGAGUGGAGUUUUCUAUGCCGAGAGUGUCUUCAGCACCAAAUUAAGGGCUGGCCACAGACAAGACAUUCAACAGAUUCAAAUGUUUUUUAUCAUUAUCAUAUAAUCCUCUGAAUGCACACACUAGACGACUCGGUUGCAAUUGUAAGACCACAAAUCUGCCAUCUGUGGUAACGAUUUCACUGUGAAAAUUGUGCAACUUUGCAGAAACUUGCAUGAUCUGCACACCUUCAGAAGAAAAACAGAUAAUAAAAUUGGCUGGCUGUCCUGAAUUUCAAUAAGAUACUAGCUAAAAUCAAACCAUAUUGAUACCUAAAUCAAUACUUCAGCAAUAAAAAGUAACCUCCUGGACACCCAAAACUGCCUGGAAAUGUUAAAAUUGGGUAACAAAGGUGUAUCAAAGAUAUAUAGGUUGCUAGUUCACGUGGUUUAUCUGCGGUUGCGGUCAACAGCGCUACUUCGUCGAAGAUCCUAGAGUGUCACAGCAAUUGGCUGAUAUCGCCUUUAUGUGCGAAACUUCCACGUUCGAUCCAGCACUGCGGGUAGAAGUGAAGUUAACAAAAGACUGUUCAGAGAAGGAAGGUAAAUGGUCUUUUAGAAGACACACACAAGUAUAUUAUUGACCUGGUUUAAGAAAAAAACGGUUUAUUCGUGAUCUCAGGCGACAGCACUACAUUACCCACAAUCCUUGAGUGUCACAGAAGUGCCUCUGAUUGGCGGAGUCUGAUUUUUGGCUGUUGGCUGCUACUAGUGAAGUUAAUAAACUGCAGUCACUUGGCACAUUUCAACACAAAAUUUAGAGUUUUAAAACUUGAGCAAAAAUGUCAAGAUUUGGACCCUAACUGAUUAGUAUUAAAUCCUCACAUACACGAGUUUUCCUUGAUAAAAGAUGUCCGAGGUUUUAGUAACUCCGUAAGCACUCACAAAUGUAGCAGGAUCGCAUCUCAAAGUUUGAAAAGAAAAGAGCAAAGUGUUCAAGAGAUUGUAGGUUUUUGGAAUAAAGGUUCUUUGCAGAUGACGUCAAGAAGCAGUGGAGAAUUCCUGUUGGGGGGCGAGAGGGGAUUUCUACAUGGAGAAACACUACCAGAAUGCUGGACUAUGCCAAGCAUUCAGAGUGCAAAAAACAAACCCCUCAGAAAAAGAAGACACGGAUAAAAGCCAGGACCAGCGGUGCCGCACAACGCUUAUGUAUGGUCCUUUUCCACAAAGCGGAUGUCCCUCCAUUGUGAUGGGACACCCAUCUCUUUCCAGACCAUUUGGUUAAGCUCUGUAGAGCUGGUUGUUUGGCUCCUAAAUGGCUCUUCAUGAGAUACCAGUUCAGCUUUUUAAAUGUGGAUUAGAGGACGGCAAAGGAUGGAGGAAAGGGCACUGGCACUCAAACAGGAGCUAGCUACCGUGGCUAACGUAAAGGGUCUCGUAGCUCAGGAUCAUUCGUGAAAACUACACCAUCACUUGGCCGCUCACCUCACAAGGCUUAUACGGUUAAUAGUACAUCACAGUUUCAAUUAUAAGCUAAAUGGCUCAGUGAGCCUCUUCUCAGUACAAGCCUCGAUGCUCUUGUUUCCCUUUAUCUGGCUAGAUGAUCACAUUCAAGAUAUGUUGAAAUUGUCUGAUAAUUGCAGCGUACGUGUCCAUGUAGACCUUUAAAAUUUCCUCUGUUCCCAUUCAUUCAUAAUGGCUAUUCCCCAAUGGGAAUUCUGGAUCACGUGAUUACAAACAAUCUUAUCGGCCAUACUCGUAAGAUUUUAACCAUCUUUAAGAGCCUGAAAUGACAGAAAUGUAAGGAAUACUUGUUCAACGUGCUUUGCAAGCUUGGUCCACAGUGAUUCUUUGCCUGUAUUCCUCUUGCAGCUUCAACAAUACAUUCACCAAGAGUGAAAUGGAUGGUUUCAAGUAUUGUUAGGAGUACGAGACACUUCAACUUUGUCAUAUUGACGCUUUCAAGAAAAGACAUAAGAUCAGGUAUCAAGGUGACUGACGGUAACCUUGCAAAGCGGAUGGAUACGCCUGU